GGAGGAUCUCUAGAGCUUACAGCCAUGGCUUUGGUAGAGAGAGCUGUGGUUCUGUUCAUAGUGAUGAUAGCUGUUCAGGUUUCAUAUGCAGCGGUAUACAAGGUUGGGGACUCUGCUGGCUGGACUACCCUUAACAAUAUAAACUACAGGAAGUGGGCUGCUCCCAAGAACUUCCAAUUUGGUGACACUAUCAUAUUUGAAUACAAUGCCCAGUUCCAUAAUGUGAUGCGAGUGACGCAUGCCAUGUACAAGUCAUGCAAUGGGUCAUCCCCUAUUGCCACCUUCACCACAGGCAAUGACUCCAUAAAGAUAACCAAUUAUGGUCAUCAUUUCUUCUUCUGUGGCGUCCCUGGCCACUGCCAAGCAGGACAGAAGGUUGAUAUUAACGUGCUCAGGGUUUCUGCAGCGGCACCUACUCCAUCAGCUUUGAACUCUCCUACAGUUCCAGUGGUCAAUGUACCUGCACCUUCUCCUAGCAGUGCUAACUCAUUGAUUGCUCUAAAGGGAGCCUUUGGUAUGAUGGGUUUGACCAUAGCAAUCCUUGCUCUUGCUGUUUCUAGCUAUGCUUAAUAAUACGGAAAAUUUUCUUUGGUUUGUGGGCCUUUUUUAUUUUCUUCUUGUAUUGGAACUGAUCAAGGGAAUUUGUCUUAUUCCCUCCCCUACACUACAUCGUA